AAAUAACACAGAAGUUCAGCACGACCAGCGAAGAGAAACACUAACUUCUCUUAAGGAGACACAAGCUGAGGAGACUAGUAGCCUACUACUGUGGAUAUUACAGUUCUCAUCUAUCUAAAGAGACUCAAAGGCUCCUGCUUCCAGCACGCCAUGGUAACCCACAGCAAGUUUGACUCCGCAAUGAGCAGCAGCCUUUUUGACGCAAGCAUGCGGCUGCCGACUCACCGUUACAAAACCUUCAGCUCAAGGCUGCAAUACCAGAUGGUGCAACACGCCAUCCGAAUGCUCCAGGAGAGCGGCUUCUACUGGGGGUCCAUCAGUGGAAAAGAGGCCAACCACCUGUUGAGCUCGGAGACUAGCGGGACCUUUCUGGUCAGGGACAGUUCGGACAACCGGCACUUCUUCACGCUUAGCGUUAAGACCGAGUCGGGCACCAAGAACUUGCGGGUUCAGUGCGACAGCAAGUCCUUUUUCCUGCAGACGGACUCCAAGAGCGUGCAGUCCGUGCCUCGUUUCGACUGCGUGCUGAAGCUCGUCCAUCACUACAUGCCCGCCCAGAAGCGCCCUGUCCAUUGGGAACUCAAGGAGUGCCUACUACAUCUACACUGGGGGGAGAAAUCCCUCUGGAACUUUUAAGACCCCUACCUUGCA